AAUGAAUAUAUGCAGGAAUGCACUGUAAACUUCCCCCCAAGAAAGAUUAACAACAGCACAUAUUGAUCAGCACAUCAAAAGAUACAGAUUUGCCCAAAAAUACAAAAGAGUCAAUAGAUUUGUGGUAGAUCCACAUAUGCACCAAGGAGGUCACAACAUAAAUGUGGACUUUAUCAAAGGAGCUAGGAAAUCUAUCAUUAAUGGUAGCUAAAAAAUAUGGAUUUGUAAAAAUAAAAAAAGGUUCGAAACCUUUUUCUUUAGAGUAAAUAAAUUAAACAAACUAUCUAGACAAUCAAUCAAGAAAAUGAAGAAGAAAAAUGAUUAUCCAAUUGAAAUUUUAUUUAUUUAUUUUAGAAUUCAAAAAAAGUCUAAUGAGAAUAAGCACAAUAUUUAUGAAAAUUUAUUAUUAAAAGCAUGUAAUAGUUGUCAAAAGCAUAAGAUAAAAAUUAUAUGUGUAUUAAACGUAAAAGAAUUUAAAAAAAUAUGA